AUGUCUCUUUCAAUAGUUUCAGCUGCUGCAGCUUCAGUUGAAAAUACUGCGAAGGAAGAAACUAAUCGUCGCUCAGCUGAUUUUCAUCCUAGCAUUUGGGGGGAUCAUUUCCUCUCAUAUGCUACUGAGUCCAUGGAAACUGAUCAUAAUGCAAGGCUACUAGAACUAAAGGAAGAAAUUAGAAAAUUGAUAAUUACUGAAGUGAAAAAGCCUGCAGAGAAACUUGACUUGAUUGAUGCAAUCCAAAGGUUAGGCGUGUCUUAUCAUUUUGAAACUGAGGUUGAUGAAAUACUAGCAAAAGUCUACAAGGCUCACCAAGACAGUGAUCUCAGAGAUGACUUAUAUUCAACCUCUCUUGAAUUCCGAUUGCUAAGACAACAUGGUUAUAAUAUUUCUUGUGACAUUUUCAACAAGUUCAAGGACAGCAAUGGGAAGUUCAAGGCAUCUCUUGAAAAAGAUGUUCGAGCAAUGUUAAGUUUGUACGAAGCCACACAUCUCAAGGUGCAUGGAAAGAAUAUACUCGAUGAAGCGCUCGCUUUCACCACAGCUCACCUUGAGUCCAUUGCAGCCCAACUUAGCCCUCCAGUUGCAGUUCAAGUUAAGCAUGCCUUAAAUCGGCCAAUUCGCAAGGGCUUACAGAGGAUCGACGCUAAACAUUACAUGAGCAUCUUUCAAGAAGAUGCUUCCCAGUCCCACAAUGAAGUUCUAUUAGCCUUUGCAAAGUUGGAUUUUAACAUAUUACAGAAGAUGCACCAGAUUGAACUCAGUCAUAUUGCAAAGUGGUGGAAAGAAUUAGACUUUGCCCAUAAGCUACCUUUUGUAAGAGACAGAGUGAUAGAAUGCUACUUUUGGAUAUUGGGAGUGUAUUUCGAGCUUGAAUAUUCUCUGGCUAGAAGGAUAUUAACCAAAGUGAUUGCAAUGGCUUCUGUUAUCGACGAUGUCUAUGAUGUGUAUGGUACAAUUGAAGAACUUGAGCUUUUUACCGAAGCAAUUGAGAAGUGGGAUGUCAGUGCCAUGGAUCAACUGCCUGGGUACAUGAAACUGUGCUAUCAGGCUCUCCUUGAUGUUUACAGUGAAACUGAGAAAGACAUGGCCGAUCAAGGAAGAUUAUACCGCCUUCAUUUUGCAAAAGAAGCGAUGAAGACUUUAGUUAGAAAUUACUUCUAUGAAGCCAAAUGGUGUCAUAAAAAUUUUGUACCAUCACUGGAUGAGUACAUGACUGUUGCAUUAGUGACCUCUGGCUACUCAAUGUUAGCCACAACAUCAUUUGUGGGAAUGGGAAAUAUAGUAACCAAAGAAGCCUUUGAAUGGUUAUUCACAAAUCCCAAGAUGAUAAAGGCUUCCUCAGUAAUCUGCAGACUCAUGGACGACAUGGUCUCCCACAAGUUUGAACAAAAGAGAGGCCAUGUUGCCUCAAGCAUUGAGUGUUUCAUGAUACAACAUGGUGCAACCGAAGAAGAAGCACGCAAUGAAUUUCAAAAACAAGUGAUAGAUGCCUGGAAGGAUAUAAAUGAAGAAUACCUUCGCCCAACUGCGGUGCCAAUGCCUCUCCUUGACCGAAUUCUCAAUCUUUCUCGUGUGAUAGAUGUUAUAUACAAGGAUGAAGAUGGCUACACUCAUGCUCACGUUAUGCUUAAGGAUUCUGUUGCUUCUCUGCUUAUUAAUCCUGUUCCAUUAUAA